AUGAUUAGCGAUCGGUUUCCCGACCUGUCGGCCGAAGAUCGGGACGAAUACACGUGUAGUAUAUGUCAGGAGAUAUUUGACUGUCCGGUGACCACAACCUGUUGUCUACAGACGUUUUGUGAGGACUGUAUCACACAAUGGCUUCAGACAAACACUACCUGUCCUUACGAUAGGAAACCAUUGACUAGUGGCCAAUUAUCACGAGCACCAAGAGUGAUGUUAAACACACUAGGUCGUUUUAAGAUACAGUGCGACUACUGGGAGAACGGGUGCCGCGAUGUGAUCAAACUGGAAGACUUGACCGGGCAUACAGUCAACUGUCGUUAUAAUGUAGCAAAUUGCUCAAAAUGCCAGUGCGCGCAGACAUCGGGACACAACUGUAUUAAAGCGCUUCAGGAAUUAAACAGCAAAUUAAUUGCAGAGAAUAAGACAUUAAAACUGACAGUACUUUCAUUGAAAAGUGAUCAUAAUAUUCAUCGUGUAACGGUAGUAGCGGUGCUGUCCAUAUUGUGCCAACCGAAGGGCAUUACAAUCGUACGCGUGAUCGCAGGCAGGGAUCUCGAGUUGUGCGUCAAAAAAUAA